AUGGCGGCUGGGGAGACGCAGCUCUACGCCAAGGUCUCCAGCAAGCUCAAGGGCCGCGGCAGCCCCUCGCUCCUGGACCCCCUCCUGGCCAUGGGCUUCCCGGUGCACACCGCGCUAAAAGCAUUGGCAGCCACGGGGAGAAAGACGGCGGAGGAGGCCUGCAGCUGGCUGCGCUGCCACUGUGACGACCCCUCGCUCGACGACCCCAUUCCCCAGGAGUACGCCCUCUUCCUCUGUCCCACGGGGCCCCUGCUGGAGCGACUACAGGACUUCUGGAAGGAGAGCAGGCGCCAGUGUGCCAAGAACAGGGCUCACGAGGUCUUCCCGCACGUGACCCUCUGCGACUUCUUCACGUGCGAAGACCAGAAGGUGGAGUGUCUGUACGAGGCCCUGAAGAAGGCGGGGGACAGGGCCCGCGCCUCCUUCCCGCCCGCCGUGCCCCUGGCUCUCCACUCCUCCGGCAGCUACCUGGGCUUCUUCAUCAGCGACGGCCCCGCCGACCUCAUCCGCGAGUUCGCCAUGGUGUUCGCCUCGGAGGCCUCGGUCUUAGCAGACUGCACCGUGAAGCCGUGCACCAAGCAGCUGCACCUGACCCUGGCUCACAAGUUCUACCCCCACCACCAGAGGACGCUGGAGCAGCUGGCCAGAGCCAUCCCCCCGGACCCCAGCUGCCAGUGGACGGCGGCUCUCUACUCGCGAGACAUGCGCUUCGUGCACUACCAGACCCUGAAGGCACUGUUCCAGUACGAACCGCAGAACGUGGACGAGCUGGCGCUCAGCCCCGGCGACUACGUCUUCGUGGACCCCACGCAGCAGGAGGAGGCCAGCGAGGGCUGGGCCGUGGGGACGUCGCAGCGGACCGGCUGCCGCGGUUUCCUGCCACAGAACUACACGGAGAGAGCCAGCGAGGCCGACACCUGGGUGAAGCACAGGACCUACACCUUCAGCCUGGCCGUGGACCUGAACUCCAGGAAGGACGGUGAAGCCAGCGGCCGGCAAGGCGGGGAGUUUGCCGCUGCACAGCCAGCUCAGAGCGUUGGCACCUUACAGACCUUGCAGGCCGCCCUGGCGAGGAGACGCGUGCUGGUGGUGCGCCACGGGGAGCGAGUGGACCAGGUCUUCGGGAAGUCGUGGCUGCAGCAGUGUUGCACCCCAGACGGGAGGUACCACCGGCCCGACCUGAACUUUCCCAGCAGCCUGCCCAGGCGCAGCAGUGGCCUCAGGGCCUUCGAGAACGACCCGCCGCUGUCCUCCUGUGGGAUCUUCCAGGCCAGAAUGGCAGGGGACGCACUGCUGGCCAGCGGCAUCAGAAUCGCCGCUGUGUUCGCCUCGCCAGCGCUCCGCUGCGUGCAGACGGCAAAACACAUCCUGGAAGAACUCCAGCUGGAGAGGAGGCUCAAGAUAAGAGUGGAGCCCGGGAUCUUCGAGUGGACAAAGUGGGAGGCCAGCAAAGCGCCCCCGGCCCUCAUGACCUUGGAGGAGCUGAAAGAGGCAGGUCUCAGCGUGGACACUAAUUACAGGCCUGCAUUUGCCCUCUCCUCCCUCACACCAGCUGAGAGCUAUGACGACUACGUGGACAGGUGCGCCGUGAGCGUGGCACAGAUGGUCAGCGCCUGCCCACAGGACAUGGGCGUCAUCCUCAUCGUGAGCCAUGGCUCCGCGCUGGACUCCUGCACCCGGCCACUCCUCGGACUGCCGCCGCGGAGCUGUGGGGAGUUUGCCCAGCUGGUGAGAAAGAUCCCAUCUCUGGGCAUGUGCUUCUGUGAAGAAAACAGAGAGGAGGGGCGGUGGGAGCUGGUGAGCCCACCCGUGAAGACGCUCACGCACGGCUCCAACGCGGCCUUCGACUGGCGGAGCUGGAUCCUGGGCAGCUGA